AUGAAUUUUUGUGUAGAGAUAAAAAGGGAACAAAUCAUUCCAUCACAAUAUGAUCAAUUUAAUUAUUAUAAUCAUCAAUUUCAAAAAUUCUCAAAUCCCAAUAAUAAUCAAAAUAUUUCUUCUCAACCAUCAAAUGUAUCAACAACAAAUAAUAUUAAUAAUACCUAUGAUAGAUCAAUCUUGACUUCAUCAUCUCCAUCUUUACAAUCUCCUUGUCUUUCUUCUUCUUCUUCUUCUUCAUCAUCAUCAUCUUCAUCAUCAUCACCACAACAACAAUCAUUUUUUCAACAACAACAACAAGUACAACAACAAUAUCAUCAACAAAUGAUUUUUAAUUAUAAUAAUAAUAAUAAUAAUCAAAAUAAAUAUCAACAACAACCAUAUCAACAACAACAAAAUGGAAAUGGCGGUAUACCAUUUCAAUUAUCACCAACAUCACCACCACAUCAUCCAAUGUUGACACCAAUUAUAAUACCAACUUGUUCAUUAAUUUCUCAACCAUUGUCUCCAACAACAAAUAAUAGUUUGAUUCCAAAUCAACCAUUUUUAAUGUUGGAUUCAUCAUCACCAUCAAUUCAACCAAUCCAAACUCAUCCAUUUUAUCCUCAAUUUUCAACAACAAUUGAUUCAUCCAAUUCAUCCUAUUCUCCAACACCACCAACUUCACCAGUUUUAAAUAUUUCAAAUUCAAUGAUGCAACAACCACAAAGAAAAUUAUCUCUAUCAUCAAGUAUUAUUCCACCACCACCACAAUCUCCUCCUAUUCAACCAUAUCAACAACAAAUCAAUGUUUCAAAUACACCAACACCAACAACUUGUACUCCUACUCUUACCUCUACUACAUCUACUGUUCCAUCUACUGCUUCAACGAUUUCAUCAUAUAAUCAUUUUAGUGCAUAUCCACAAUCAACAAAUUCAUAUGAUACACCAUGGUUUUGUACAAUUAAUUCAAUGUCACCAACUAGUGGUGGCGUUCCUUUGCCCAAUGUAUUUUCCAGUUUCUCUACACCACUGUUUCGAAACUUUUAUCACAAUAUUGAAUUUUUCAUACCCGAUGCUGCCAUGCAAAAGAAAUAUAAUAAUCAACGAGUCUAUAUUGCCGACAGUGUAGGAUACAGUGGAAACGCCAAAAAAUUCAUAAACUCUCCUCAACCAAAUGAAACUGCCCUCUAUCUAGAGGCUCAAGUAUUGGAUACUGAAUUCAACCCUCUCCCACAAUGUACCUUUUGCAAGGAAUAUUUUCAAUCUCGUUUCUAUUUUGCCAAUAAUCCUCAAUGCAAGGAACGUUUGGUAUUGGUAAAAAGCAAUGUUGCCUGCUUUGUUCAAAACUCUACCUUUUCUGUUCAAAUCAAAAUCAUGUGUUGUUCAAAACAUCACAACAACAAUAGUAUGGUCAUUCAUCUUUGGCUUCGUGAUUGUCAAACAAAUCAAAUUGUAAUGUCUUGUGUUUUAUCUUCUUUUAUUAAACAAUGGAAAAGAAGUAAAACUCCAAAUAUCAAUGUCUUUUAA